AUGGAUCGCUCGGCUAGAAACCUCUACUUCGUUUCGCCGCCCACUGCGACUGAUUUAUCCUACACUGCGCCCCGCUCUGCGUUGCGAGGACGCAAGCCGAAGCCUGUACCCUCCGUCAGCACCGAGCUGCUUCCUGAACCUGUCUCCCUUUACUCGAUUCUUGCCCGAUAUCUCCAACAUCUUGCGGAAAUGGCAACGGAUGAGUCGACGUUCCAAUAUACACCGCGGGAGCUGGAGAUACUACAAAAUCGAGGCUACACGGUUGAAAGUGUUCAACGAUGGGCGUCUUGUCUCACAGAACCGCGAUCGACUGCAGCAGUCAAAUGCUUCGAACAAGGGGUCGAGAUACCACCUCUUUUCCUGCUUCUACUGUUCCUACGUCGCAAGCACAUCAGAGUACCUGCUCUUGGUAUCGUCAUGAGGCACGUUGGUCGUAUUGCGCAGUCAGAAUCGAUAAGCUGGUCGGAGCUCAAGAUCAUCACGACCCGUUUACUUCGCCAUGGGCGCGAGCUCUGGCCCGAGUCAAUGCCAUGGACUGCGUCCUUUUUCGUUGCCGAAGCAAGCCGACUCUGCGAUGAUUUUUCUGGAUCCAAUCCUCUAUCCCUUGAUAUGCUUUCCGACUUGACGCAGUUUUGCAACACAUUCUUGUUGCUACUAUCGCUACCCACAUCUGCCCGCCCUGUAGUCUUCGCUGCCCAACAAGAAAAGGCUCAAUUCCAGAUCCUUCAAUAUAUGGCGAGUAGGUCGCCUGCAAUAACGGUGACACGCCUCGGUUUUCGGUCCGUUGCGCGCAAUCAGCUGGCACAUGCGAAAACGCUUCAAGAGAGAGAAUGGGCUGAGCUCAAAGGGCCUACCUGGCCACCGUGGAAGGAGAAUCGCACAGCAAUGGAUGAGGAUAAAGGCUACGAGUUUGGUACCUCGCGAGCUUCCCAGCUCUUGCACCGUAUGUAUGAAGCUGGGUACAGUGGUCGCCUCUGGGAAGAUGUAGCGCAAGUGUACGCUGGCUGGGACACCGAUUCUAGUCCUACGAUACAGACUCGAACCUCUUUACCGCGCAUCUCCUCCCAGUAUCGAGAUGCUAAACACCUUCGCCCUCUGCUCUGGGCUGGUCGUAUACGAACGACACGCACGCGUAGGGAGGCCUGGGCAUGCUUCCUCUCACAUGAGCUGUCUGGAGAACCUGCUCAUCCAGAUAUCUAUCUUGCAAUGUUCGAAAAGUUGUAUCAUGCUGAAGCAGAGCGAUCGUCCCGCACAGAGUUCUCGUCUGAUGCAGAAAAUACCCAUGAAGAAGACACCACUCAUAUGUUACCUGGAGACAUGAAAGAAGCACUCCCCGACCCGCUAUCUACUUUGCACUAUGUGUAUCUUAGCGAACCCGUUCCUGGCUACCGAGGGCUACUAAGACGGAUGCAGACGGCACACGUCAAGCCUAAACGCCGCUUACUUGCGUUCCUCCUGGAGACAUGCCCCGAGUUCGAUACGGGUCUAGAUUUACUAGACAUGACUAGGGACGUUCAACACGGCAGGGUAGGCCGAAUGCUCGACGGCAUUCACGACAUGUACACGUCAGGCAACUCAAUCCCAGGUUUUCUUUUCAAGGCGAUCAUUGACUUCUUGUGUCGCUUUGGAAGCAUCGACCAGUCAUCUUUUCACAAAGUUGAUUUCCUACCUCCAGAACAGCACGUUAGUCAGCUCAGGUCGAACCGGCAAUAUUGUGUCGAAUACGCAUACAUGCUUCUCAAAUACUAUCGACCGAUCUACCGACCAGCCUGGGCUUGCAUGAUAAAGGUGCUGGCGUCUCAGAAAGGGCAUAAGCAUGUUCUAAGUGUUUCUCGGUACAAGCUCAUUUGUUCCAUUGUUGAAAAUAUGGAAGAGAUUGAUCUUGACGUCGACGACGAGAUAUUCCGUCUGGUCUGUAUUGCGACUAUGUACGCCGCUCAAGCCGUCGAACGAGGCUCCGCUUCUUUUGAAGAUACACGAUACAUUCUUUCCACUGCCUCCUCUCGCCUUCGUACGCUCUUCAAUGGCCUAGUCGGUGCUAGUGCAGAUGCGCAGUCGCCUACGGGUGAUCAGACAGCCAACGUCAUUUCACCACACAUUCCGGGGCCCGCGGAGCUACAUGCCUAUGUACGAGGGCUAGGUAUUCUCCGGGAUUAUGAGGGUCUUUACUCAUUCGCCACCUGGUUCACCAAAUAUCAUGCUGAGGUGACGGCGCGUGCAGAAGCUCAACGCUCAGGCAGGCACCUUCUGUUCAAGACGCUCGUGGCGUUGCGCCUAGCUGUCGAUGGAGGCCGAUUCGGACCAGCCAACGAUCACACAUCCGGUGCACCAGAAGACAUAGCACUUCUCAUCAAGACACAGAUCGAGAGUGUUGAACAGUGGGGCGGUUGGCCUGCAAAGGAAUAUGUGGACAUGUAUGCCAAGGGCCAUUUAAAGUCCGCACCACCCGUUGUUGGAGGACGCUAG